AUGGACUCGCCCUCUAUCAACCUCGGCCUGCUAGGUGCCUUACCGCUCGACCUGCUCUCCCCCAUCCUCUCCUCCCUCCGCCAUCGGGUGCGCGAUCUCGCCGCCUGCACCCUCGUCUGCCGCCUCUUCCACCAGCUCGCCACCCCUUUGCUCUACGAGCGUCUCUUCCUGCGCGAUCAAACGCGCCUGAAGCUCGUCUUCGCCUGUCUCGGGCGAAGUCCGCACCUGUGUCGGCUAGUCAAAGUGGUCGAGCUACGCGUCUUCCCGUUCGGACUGGACGCGGAACGACUGGAACGACUCGAGAUCGACAUCGAAAGCACGUUCGAACAUGCGGUGAAUCUGGAAGAGCUCGUGUGGACGAGAGCGGGGAGCUUAAACGACCGGUUGCUACCGACGCUGCUGCGGAGUUCGCCGAGGUUGCGCAGGCUGGAGCUGGCGGGUGAUGCGAGACUUUGGUCGACGACGACGCUGCGCCGGUACAUACCGCUGACGGUGGAGGAGUUGAGCUUGAUACUGCCAGAGAAGGGGACGUUGCGAGGGCUGGUGGAGAUUGCUGAAAAGCUAUCCAAAGGAUCUGCAGACGAGUCGAUGUCGGCGCUGGCAUCGCGCUUGGACGGGGUGCACCUCGACCGCGAUGGGGAAAACACGGGAUUGCGAAGUCUCAGCAUCUUAUGUCAGCACUCGCCGCACCUGACAGAUGCGAUCCUCAUGGCGCUCGCUCCGCAUCUCAAGCAAGUGCGGCGACUGUCGCUGGCAGGCUGUCGAGCCGUGACGGGGCGUGGAAUCGAAGCUGUCCUCCGCUGUGCGUCUCAAGCCGGGCAAGGAGUCAGCGACCUCGCUAUGGAAGGACUCAACAUUCAAGCACAAGACGUCGGUCUGCUGCACCCGUAUGCAACUUCAAUACGACUCCUCUCGCUGACCUAUCCAAGAUCGGCGUCUUCGUCCGGCUCGCGGUCGUUGUCCGCGUCGAUGCUGGGCGAGUUCUAUGCCGACUUUGCCAAGCUCAUCGAAAAAGCUGAGAAGCUGGAAGAGCUGACGCACUACGCAGGGUCCGGCUCACGACCGGCGAUGGACGGAGGUCAUGAGGGCGAUGACGAUGGACUGGUCGAUCUGGACGAGCUGGACGACGACGAUUCGGACUACGACGAUGAAGGGCAAUACAUCCAAGCAGUGCGGUCUAACGGAAACGGCAGCGACGACGCUCCAUGGUCAUCGAGCGAUUGGAUCCGUCGCUUCUCGGGUCCGCCACCCGAAGGCAGCGUGCGCUACGGUCAACCGAAAACAUCCACACCACCUAGCAACCUGCCGCUGCUUCCCACCUCGUUCCUCUCACGAGUCGUCGCCAGCCGCGGAGGGCAGCUGACAAAGCUGCGAUUGCACGGCAUCGGUCUGUCGCUCGACCAGCUCGGUGUGAUCACGCAGCACUGUCGCAGUUUGCAAGAUCUUGUGAUCCAGAUCUGGGAGGAUGAUCUACCGCGACUCGCUGCGUUGCUCUGUCAGCUGCCACGCUUGGAGACGCUGCACAUCCUCGCGUCGGCAUCGUCUGAAACGAGCCUGGGAGAGAGGGAGAUUCAGUGGAUCGCGCAGGUGUGCACCGACGCCAACCGCGAGCGUCGUCAACUCAAGCCAACACCGCAGACGGUCGAAGGAAGCGGUCUGCAUCAGAUCGGCUUCCGCAAUCGCGUCUGGCUGAUCGAACGCUCGUUCGAGCAGGAGGAAAGCUCAAGGGUACACAAUCCAAGGAGCAUUCGACUCAGGGAGACGGUGCAGGCAUUUGGCGCCUACGCUCGAACCAUGUAG